UUUACUAUGGCAAACAACAAUCAAAACAUCAUCAUGGGUUCUGAGCUUAUGGUCAAGCUGGACCUAACAAAUUUUCUUGAAUGGGAAGCUAAGCUAGUUGAAAUAGUCAGACUCAAUGGACUUGAGUAUGUACUGUUAUAUCCCAUGCCAAGCUACUAUGCCAGAGACAUGACCCCUGAAAGAUUAUCCGCGUGGGAUGCGGAUCUCAAAAAGGUUAUGAGUCUCAUGCUGAACAAUAUCCCUGAUGAAUGGGCUAGAAGGUUUGUAGCUUAUGAACCUUUCACGCUCAUCAAGAAUCUGAGGGAUAUCUGUCGUGGAAGCACGGAGGACAGGGACCUGAACGUCCAUGAGUUGAUUGAAUCAAUGUCUGGUCUAAAGGUUAGUUCUCCCAACAGGUGUUAUAGGAUGGAGGUCCAAGAAACACAUGUUCAGCUCCUUCGCACUAAACAAAGGGUAGGCGUCCCACUAAGGUUCCAUGUGGAUCUUAUGCUUUCAUAUUUCGAUCGCCUAAGUCUGCUAGGAACACCAAUAAGCAAAAGGAUGGCAGUCUCUAUCUUGCUCAAUUCACUACACAGUGGGUUUGGUCGCUUCAAGCAACUAUACCUAAGUGAACCAAGAGAAGAAACAGUUGCAGAUUUUGUUCACCUUGCCAGAAAGGCUGAGAUAAUACUGGACUGUGAAGCAAAAGAUUUACUCAAGGCUAAAGGGAGACCGUUCAAGAAAAGUGGAAAGCCCAAGGGCAAUGCUAAAUCAAAGCAGGACAAGUCCACAUCAAGCUGUCUUUAUUGUGAUGGAAUAGGCCAUUACAAAAGAGAAUGUCCAAAGCUAAAGGAAGAUCAGAAGAACGGAACAGUCGUUCCAUCUUCAGGGACUAAGAAGAAGUAGAAAGUUAAGCAAGGGUGAAGUCAACCUACGAGUGGGAAAUGGAGCACGGAUUGCUGCAUUAGCUGUAGGAACUUAUUAUUUUUCGUUGCCCUCUG